AGCCCUUCCUCUCCUCAUCUCCUUUAGCUCCAACUCUCAACUUGUACAUUUAAAAAGAUACAGCUGCCAAGAAAGUGAGAGAGAGAGAGAGAGAGGCAAAAGAGAAAGCACUCCUGUCAAAAGCAAGCUUUGGAAUGAUGAAAAUGAAGAUUCUAUCAGCUCUUGUUUUGCUGAGCAUGCUGCUUGGUACUAACAUGAUGCCUUUCAGUCGACUUUCUUGUUACAAGAAAGUGCUAAAAGAUCGCAACUGUCACAGCAUCCCAGAAGGUGUGGCCAGUCUUCGACGCAUUGAUGGAAAUCUUCAAGACCACUUCUGGGAAGGGCAAAGUUGUGAGAUGAUCUGUUACUGCAAUUUUAGUGAAUUACUCUGCUGCCCAAAAGGUAUUUUCUUUGGACCAAAGAUCUCUUUUGUCAUCCCUUGCAACAAUCAAUGAUGAGCAUCAUGUGUACCAGUGAGAAGACACACACAGGACUUCACAACAGGAGAUAAACAAUGUUGUCAUAGAAAAUCUAUUCCUUUCUACAGCACUAGAGUGCAGAGCCUUACUGUAUCAAGUAGUAUAUGUUUCCCUUUCUGUAUAUAGAAGGAACCAUGGUUUGAAGCUUUAAUGGUAAAGCUCUUCUUUCUAACUUGGUAGCUACAUUAGUUUUCAUUAGAAGGAUUUAAGAGGGGUGCAGUAGAACCUCCUUAAUUCAUUGUGCAACCCAGACAGUCUCAAAAGAUCUGGUGUUGUCAUUCCACCUCUCAAAGAUUUAGGAUCAAAUUUUCAGAUGCUAUAAGGCACUAUAGCACCUCACUACACUGUUUUACUCCCAUUGAAGCCCUUAGUAGCAGUUCACUGUACUGCAGUUUCAUAUCAAUAAGUCUUCAUUACUUUAACAAAAAGUAAUAUUGAAAUCAGUGGGAGCUGCUGUGCGUUCAGCACUUUUGAAAAUCAGGUCACUUAUUUAGGUGCCUAAAUAUAAGGUUUGAGGACCCUAACUUUUUACAUCUAUUUUUGAAUAUCUUGGUCUAAAAAGCUUGUUAAUCCCCUUGAAGUCAAUAGCAAGACUCCCACUAGCUUCCAUGGAAACACAAUUGGACUCUAAAUUCACAAAAUAGUUAUUUAUAAUGGGGCCUUAUUUAAACUCCUCUUUGCACUUUUGGUAUUUAGUACCCAGCUGCUAUAAUGUAUAUAUUCAGUAAAACAGCUACUGGUGAUGAGCCUGAUCCAAUAUCUUUGGAAGACAAUGGGCCCUGAGUCAGGCCUCGUUUGAACUAUAGCACAUCUCAGUAGUAACUUAAAAUGCUAGUUCCCUAUUUUUAAUAUAGCCCUUUAGGAAAAGACAGGUAUGUAAUUAGACACAGAGACUAGCCUUCUAAGCAUGUACACCAAUGAAAGCUGUAUGCCAUAAGUAUUAAAUGUUUCUUUUCAUUAACAUAUGGUAAUUCCUAGAGCUACCAAGUUAAUCAGAUGGAAAAGUGUGAAAAUAUCUAGUGCAAAAUAUGAAACUUUAAUAUAGCUAUCUUGUGCUAUUCUUUUUCAAUGACACUUUCUGCAGUAGUCAUUUUAUGUAAAUUACAUAGCAUUAAAAAAAAAAUCACUAUUACCUAAUAGACAACCAUACUUCACUUACAUGACAACUUUGUAUCAAAUACAAAAUAUGUUCAGAAACUUUGCCAUCUAUAAUGGUUGGAUGAUUGUAAUCUUGUACCUAGUUGGUCUGAGUGUUUGCUGGACUAUAUGCAAAUGAUAAUAAAUGUGUAUUCAAUUAAUCAAUUAUGUUUAUUAAGUGACUUGCACCAAAUAGUUUCACAAUGACCAGUUGCAGGACAGAUGCAAUUUUUUAGAAAGUCUCAGUUUACCUGUCCCUCAUUCACUGGUUUUCCCACAGCCUGAUCAAACUAUGCAAAAAAGAAGCCCUGAGCAGAGUCCAGAGACAACAAACUGUUAAUCUCUGCAGAUACAAAUAAGACCUGCUGAACCAAGGGCUGCCUGGAAAGCUUGAAGGCCUUGUCCUGCCAUCUAUCAGCAAGGUGUGGAGAGACAAGCUUUCUCCUUCCUCUUCCAGGUUCUACCUGAAUUACACUAUGCUUGCCUCUGCUGCUCACAACUUUCCAAAGCAGUAGCAGCAAAACUGACAAUUGUCACCUUCACAUCUUCAUACAGCAUUCUGAAUGUGGCAGUAAAAUUGACCAGUUCUGUGAAAUUCACCAAUUUCCUUCUUCUACUGCUGGUUGGGGAAGGCUCUGCAAGCUGCAGCUUCAAAAAGACAGCACCACAUCCUCUCUCAUGCAGGAGGUUAUAAUUGCCACAGUAUUAAGAGCCAGAAACAAUGUUUUGUUUUUUAAGAACAGAAGCUUAAGACUGGAAGUUUAGUUUCUGUUAAAACUUAGGCUUUUGGCUCCCUCUUGCACCAAGGAAAGUUUCCACUCACCCGUCAAGUAUCCAAGAGGAUAUUUCAAGCCCUUUCAUGUGUAAUAUGAUUAAAAUGCAAUAGAAGCUUAAAUACAUCCACAUUUUGGGCAUCCUACUUAUUAUCUUACUGAAUUUAACUUACUCUAUUUCCAUCAGUAGGAUGGUGUCAUUCAAGGUAAUACUUAGUUUUCAAAGCACUUUACAAACAUUACAAUGAACGCACACAUUAGAAGAGAAGGUCCAUGAGUAUGAGUACUGAAUUCAGGCAAAGAGCUAUGUCUGGUUGUACAGUGCUGGCCGAAGUUUGAUCAAGAGUGUGAAAAUUCAUAGGACAUUGCAAAUGCAAAAGAAAUUACGUCACUGCUAAUUACUGGGAAAACAGCCAGUUUGAGCGUGGGGAUUAUUUCCAUCAAUGAAGGGCUCCAGGUAAGGAAAAACAAAGAACCACAUAGGAAUAAAAGCAAGUUUUUGAGAACAGCGAGAACCUGCUAAAUCACCAUAUCUAGCAGCAUGUGGGACGGAGUAAACAAUGAUAUUACUUUCACACAUUUUUCUUAAAGUGAAGGUAGCUCAUCAGUGAUCAAAAAGUUAUGUUCAGAGUUUUAUAUCAACCAUGCCUCAGUGAACAUAGAGAGAUGCUGCAUUCUUCUCAGUUUUAAGAUGCCAUCUCACUUGUUUCUCCUCACAGCUCAGAAGACAAAGCAGAAAAUUGCACGUCAUCCAGAACUUCAUUGUUCUCAUAAGGGUUCAGUGGAAAUACAGGAGGUUUUGUGUUGUAUCAUAGCUGUCACUCAAUGUUGUAAACUUUACUAAAAUAUAUACAUUUAGAUGCAAGUGCUAUAUGUAAAAGGUAACAAUUCUUUAAAUUAAUGAUCUUUAUGCAUUUUCCAGCCGUGAGUUAAUGCAGACCUCACCGGAGCAAGACACAGUAUGUUUAUUAAAUAAUAUUGAAACACAGCAUGAGUUCCGCAGCCUUCCUUUCUCCAAUGCAAUUUCUAGGUAGUAGCAUAUGUAGAUCAAUAGAGAAUCAUUGUUCAAAGAACCAGAAGUUUUCCAUUAUAAAUGAUGAUAGUCUUUCAAUCUUCAUGUGGAUAUUUGAGCACUAAAUAGCUGCCAUCAUUUUUAUAUAGUAGCAUGAUGGUCCUGAGGCUUAGCAGUGCAUAUCCCAGAAGUGAAGAAACUAGAGAUCUCAAAAAACCCUCUGUUAAGAUCUUUGCAUACCAGACUUCUAAAAGAAAAUACAAGUGCAGCCAUUUAUACUGAUGACUUAUAACAACUACAAGUGUCACUGCUAUUCAGGAAGCCAAGAGCAAUUCUAUUAUGGCCCUUCUGUUUGGAGCAACUAUGUUUAGAAUUUAUCACAGCAAAAUUUUAUACUAUAUAGAAACCAUGUUGUGGUGUGAUGAUUUCAAAACACAUUUCACACACUAAUCCUUAGCAUACUUCUAUAAUUG